AUGCCUCCGACCAAGGCAGAUCAAUUGGCCCAACUCCGUGCUGCGAGGAAGGCUGGCAGGACAAACUUCUCGUCGUACGAGGUCCAAGACGAGGAACAACUUUACGAGACAGUCGACGAGGACAGUUACAAGAAGAUUGUGAGAAAGAGACUCGACCAAGACGACUUUGUCGUCGAUGACAAUGGCGAGGGCUAUGCAGACGAUGGACGCGAAGACUGGCAGAACGAACGACAACAAGACUAUGAUGAUGAGAGCGAAGACGAUCUGCCUGCGAGGAGCAAGGCUGCAAAACGUAAGCGCGAAGAAGAUGCACAGCAGAAGGAGAAAAUCAACAAGGGUAUCAGCAAGUACUUUAACGCAAACCCCACCGUCGCUGCACCCAAGCCCAAGCAGGCUUCAACCGCAGAAGAUGCCGCUUUCAUGGCCGACCUCCUCGGUGAGGUCAAUGCCAACGUCCCCUCAUACAAACCUAGAUCGACAAUGAACCCUGUCAAGACCGAGAGCCGCCGCAAGACCAGAGUUUUGUCACCACCCGUCGAACAAAUGAGCCAUAUCCCUCGAUACGAACCAAGACCCCAAAAGCUCGACUCUCCACCAGCACCUGUGGACGAUGACACCUAUUUUCCCAUGGACGAGGGUCUCUUCCCACCACCCGAGGACAACGAUUCGAAUGUGAAGAUCGAAGAGGAUGAAGAUGAAGAUAUGCUCGAGGUUGCUCAAGUCACAAAUCAGUCUUCUCGAAGCACUGCAGCCAUCAACAUGCGCGGAAACAGACCGAUUCCAAAAAUCACAAAGACGGAUUACCCGACACCAGCAAGCUCUUCUCCUUCACGGCAGGCCCCUGAAGCUAUCGACACAUCGGCAUUGACAAAUGUCACCGACAAGUUGAAUGUACUGAGCAGUUCUGGUGUAGAGACUGUCACGUUUGGCAAAUUGGAUCCUCAGCAUGCUCAAGAGGAGGAUGGCAGUGUGCGAUUCUUCUGGUUCGACUACACUGAGAUCAAUGGCGGUCUUUGUUUAUUCGGCAAGGUCAAAGACAAGUCGACUGGUCGCUUCGUCAGUGCCUUUGUCAAGGUCGACAACAUCAUGCGCAAGCUCUUCUUCCUUCCUCGUGAACACCGCCGGAAGCAUGGUCGCGAGACCGAUGAGGACGUAGAGAUGGGCGACGUCUACCAAGAAGUGGAUGGCCUCAUGUCCAAAUUCAACGUCAACAUGCACAAAAUCAAACCAUGUUCGAGAAAAUACGCCUUCGAGUUGCCAGACAUUCCGAAGGAAGCAGAUUACCUGAAGCUGCUCUAUCCAUACGACAAGCAGCCCUUGCCUAUAGACAUUCAGGGAGAGACCUUCUCGCACGUCUUCGGUACCAACACUGCGCUUUUCGAACAAUUUGUUCUCUGGAAGAACAUCAUGGGUCCUUGUUGGCUCAAGAUUGACGCAAACAGUAUCAACUUCAAUGCUGUCAAGAAUGCUUCUUGGUGCAAGUUGGAAAUGCUUGUCGACAAACCUCAAGGCAUUUCAACCCUUGGAGACACCGAUAACCUUGACGCUCCACCAUUGACGCUGAUGAGCAUUGCUCUCAGGACGAAACUGAACGAGAAAGACAACAAACAAGAGAUUCUGCUUGCCAGUGCUCGUAUCUACGACAGCAUGUCGUUGUCAGACACCACCGCGCCAGAAAAACUUCCUUGUAAGACAUUCACAGUCAUGCGCCCGAACGGUCCAGAUUACCCUGUAGGCUUCAAGACAGAUGCCGAAAAGUACCGAGGCAACAUCCAGCUGGAGAGGAACGAAGGUGCACUUCUGAGCAAGUUCUUGGCUUUGCUAGAUCGCAAUGACCCAGACGUCUUGAUCGGCCACAGGCUCGACGAUGUUGACUACACUCUCUUGCUCAACAGAAUGCGAGAAUGCAGAACCCCUGGAUGGCAUCGCAUUGGAAGGCUAAAGCGUCAUGAAUGGCCCAAGAAUAUCGGCAAGGGUGGUGGCAGUUUCUUCGUCGAGAGACAGCUUGCUGCCGGAAGAUUGCUUUGUGAUCUAGGCAACGAUAUGGGCAAGUCUUUGAUGACGAAAUGUCAGUCCUGGAGUCUGGACGAGAUGUGCGACCUUGUCCUUGGUGGCGAUAACAAGCGUCGUGACAUCGACAAUGAUGUGUUGCUCAAGAUGGCUACCAACAGAGCUGGUCUGAUGCAAUACAUCAAGCUGACAGAAGCAGACACAUUUUUCAUUGCUGCCAUUGCUCUCAAAGUCCAGAUGCUUCCAUUGACCAAGGUCCUCACGAAUUUGGCUGGAAACUCCUGGGCCAGAACUUUGAGUGGUACUCGUGCUGAGCGUAAUGAAUACAUUUUGCUGCACGAGUUCCACAAAAACAAGUACAUCUGCCCUGACAAGAUCUGGGGUAAGGGUAAAGCCAAGUCUGAUGAAGACAACCCGGAAGGAGACGACGGAGCAGAUGCAAAGAAGAAGGACAAGUUCAAGGGUGGUCUGGUCUUCGAGCCCGAAAAGGGCUUGUACGACAAGUUCAUCCUUGUCAUGGACUUUAACUCUCUGUAUCCCAGUAUCAUCCAGGAGUACAACAUUUGCUUCACCACGGUCGAAAGAUCGGAAGUCAACGAGGAUGAGGAAAAGGUUCCCGAGGUUCCAUCAGAUACCAAUAACAAGGGUAUCCUGCCACGACUCAUUAGAACACUUGUCCACCGUCGUCGUGAAGUCAAGAAGCUCAUGAAAGACAAGACUGCCACCUCUGACCAACUUGCAACAUGGGAGAUCAAGCAAAUGGCUUUGAAGCUGACUGCCAACUCCAUGUACGGAUGUUUGGGUUACGCCAAGUCACGCUUCUAUGCACGUCCACUCGCCAUGCUCACCACAUACAAGGGCCGUGAGAUUUUGCAGUCUACCAAGGAUCUUGCAGAGUCUGCCCAUGGUCUGAGGGUCAUCUAUGGUGAUACUGAUUCAGUCAUGGUCAACACCAAUGUCGACAACAUCAUGGAUGCCAUGAAGAUCGGCAAUGACUUCAAGAAGAGCGUCAACGAGCGCUACGAACUUCUUGAGAUUGAUAUUGACAACGUCUUCCGUCGCCUGCUUCUGCACGCAAAGAAGAAGUAUGCUGCUGUCAACAUGAUCGAAAAGGAUGGCAAAUGGAUCGACAAGCUCGAAGUUAAGGGUCUUGACAUGCGCAGAAGAGAAUACUGUGCAUUGAGUAAAGACACCUCGACCGAACUCUUGAAUUUCCUGUUGUCAGGCGAAGACCCUGAAACCGUGGUUUCUCAGAUUCACGAUCAUCUCAGGGAAGUCGCUUCGCAGAUGCGUGCCAACACUAUUCCUCUUCGCAAGUACACUAUCUACACACAACUCGGAAAGAACCCCAAGGAGUACCCCAAUGGAAACAGCAUGCCCUCCGUUCAGGUUGCCUUGAAGUUGAUGGCCAAGGGCAAGCACGUGAAGGCCAAGGAUGCAGCGCACAAUGCUUUCCCAGUCGACGAAGUCCUUCGUGCAGAGAACGAACUCAAACCUGACAUUGACUACUACCUGCACAAGCAAAUCUUGCCACCUGUAGAACGUCUCUGCGCUCCCAUCGAAGGCACAAACGUUACUUUGUUGGCCGAAUGCUUGGGACUCGAUACCAGCAAGUACCGCGUCAGCAGCGCAAGCGGCACCAACACCUACAACACCGAGACCGAAAUCCACCCGCUGGAAUCACAGGUCCCAGAUGAGAUACGCUACAAGGACUGCACACCCCUAGGCCUGUUGUGUCUUUCCUGCCGCACACCCUUCCAAUUCCGCGGCUUGGGUGUACCUCCUUCUCCCGAUGCUGACAAACUCACCGCUGUGGUCGAUACCGAUGGCAUCCAUUGCCCGUCUCCUUCUUGCGGUGCUGUCAUGUCUCAACUUGCGCUUGCUGCUCAACUGGAAAGCCAGAUCCGCGCUCACACAGCCCAAUACUAUGCCGCAGUGCUUGUGUGCGACGAAGCAACCUGCAACAACCGCACGCGCCAAAUGAGCGUCUACGGCCACCGCUGCCUGGGACCCCGCGGCCUUGCGUUCGGCUGCUCCGGCAAAAUGCAACUCGAAUACACGGAAAAGCAACUCUACAACCAAUUGAUGUUUUUGGCAAGGUGCUUUGAUGUGGAAAAGAGUGCGUUAGAAGCCGCCAAGAAGAAAACAGAAGAGGCGGAGAGAGUGGGUGUGCUUGCUGAGAUGAAUAGACUCAGGUUUGGAGGGUUGAGGAACGUGGUGGAGGCGUAUUUGGACAAGAGUGGGUGGGGGUGGGUUAGUAUGGAUGGGUUGUUUGGGUUCGCACUCAAGGCUUUGGGGUGA